ACGAAAUCCGCAGGCAGUGUCGAGCAGCAAUGUCUCCUACUCUUACCUCUGGAGAAGGCAACCAGCAGCUCUGCAAAACCACAAAUGUGACCCUUCUCAACGAUUUCUAUACAGAUUACCCCCAGGCCCAUGUCGAGAAACCUUUAGUCGAAUUUUCCCUUUUCCCCAGUCUCCCACAUGAGAUUUGCUCGGCGAUUUGGAAGUGUAAUUUGCGUCGUCACCGCCUGAUUAGUAUCCAAGUUACCGAUGAAGAUGAUACUGCUUGCCCAUCAGGACCUUCCUCUUCGCUACCAUAUACAGACACAAACGGGCUAGGAAAUAUAAUUAGUAAGAGAAACUAUCGAUUAUCAGUCACUUCGAAUCAUCGACUUAGCCCAUUACUACAAGUAUGCCAUGGGUCGAGACGAGCUGCUUUGGAGUUCUACAGGUUACACAUCCCUUACGACUUGAAGGCUCAUGGUGAACAACACUGUUUGUACUUGAACCCGGAGUUCGACUUUCUGCACAUCAAACAACGAGGUGCUCCAGAAUUGUUUGUGGAUUUAUUACAUGAUGCUAAGGCAUAUGAUCCAUUAGGGGCAGGGUUACUAAAUGUAGGCAUCGGCGAGAUUCAUCCCGAGGACCUUCAGCUGCCAAUGAACCCUGCAACACUGGCUCCUCUUGCACUCUCAACAUUCACAGCAGCGCUAAAUAGCCUAGAGAGGGUUUUCUUUCACCAUGUUGUACAUUAUGAGACUAGGCAAAUGUUCAACUCCAUAGGCAUGGAAGAAGUUCGCUACAACCGAUCAUACCCGUUGAACUCGCAAACAGAAGUAUUUGACCUUCUCGAUACCGAUCCUCGACCUAUUACCGCUGAUUUGGCCAAAGUCUCUGUUGGCUGGGACCCACGGGAACCACUCUGCUUAUGGCAGGAGAUGGAGAGCAAGUUUCAAAUCCGUCGCUCACACCCCGUUGAAUAUCAAUUUCUAAUAACUGCUUCAUCCCACCGUCAUGACGAUGAUAGCAACGUUUUGACUCGAGGUGACGCGGGGAGAUUCUUGCAAUAUGAAGAAGCGAAGUGGAAUAAACCUUGGGAGGAAGGGGAACUCUUCCAACGCCUAGGAUAUAUAAACCCAAACACGCCUGAGAUAAUAAAGCAAGCCUCGAUGCCAGUAUUUGGAUUCUGGCUGUUUCAUGUAGACGCGUUUGGAGACAUCCCAAAGGGACAGUUGAGGAUUGGUAGGAAUGGUAGGGCCCAGUGGGAGAUGAAAAUGGUGAAAGAUCUGACGAAACACAGCCCACAGCUUGGUGUAUUUCGUCUACCACACGAUUAA